AUGUCCCCAGAGAGAUUUGAACAUCUUUUAACUCUUGUUGGACCUUUAAUAACGAAGAAAUUUUGCAGGUCACGUAAAACAAUCAGUGAAUCAGAAAGGUUACUUCUUACUUUGAGAUACCUUGCCACAGGGGACUCUCAACAAACACUCUCCUUUCAAUUUCGGAUUGGAAAAGCGACAAUCUCUAACAUUCUUAGAGAAACUUCGGAGGCAAUUUGGUCAGCACUGAAGAAAGAUUAUUUGAAAGCACCAUCAACAGCUGAGGAAUGGAUUGAAAUUUCAAAUGAAUUUGAGAGAGAAUGGAAUUUCCCUCACUGUAUUGGGGCAAUUGAUGGGAAACACAUCAUGAUAGAAUGCCCCCAAAAUGCUGGCUCUGCUUUUUAUAAUUAUAAAAAUUUUCACAGCAUUGUUUUACUUGCAAUUUGUGAUGCCAAGUACUGUUUCUCAUUUGUUGACAUUGGAGCAUAUGGUGGAACAAAUGAUGCAGCUGUUUUAUCACACACUCAGUUUGGACAAGCAUUUAAUGAUUUCCCUACCAUGUUGAAUAUACCUUCCCCAGCCACUUGUGGAAACACAAGCUUACCUUAUGUAUUAUUAGGGGAUGAUAUAUUUCCCCUAAAGCCAUGGCUUAUGAAACCAUAUCCUGGCAAAAAUUUGGAUGAGUCCCAAAGAGUUUUCAACUACAGGCUAUCUCGAGCAAGACGCACAAUUGAAAAUGCAUUUGAAAUUUUAUCAGUGAAAUGGAGGGUGUUUAGGAGACCAAUACAAGCAAGCCUGGAGCUAGUGGAGAAGAUUACCAUGGCUACUGUAUGUUUACACAACUACCUGCAACUGACUGAUAAUGCCAUGUAUUCACCCUCUGGCUUUGUUGACAGUGAAAAUGCAAGUGGCCAAAUAAUUCUGGGUGAUUGGAGAAACACUACACAAGUUGAUGCACAGGGAAUAAGGAGUAUUGGUAGAAUAGCUGGCAAUAGAUACACAUUUGAAGCCAACAAAGCAAGAGGAGAUUUUAAGGAUUAUGUGAACAAUGAAGGACAGGUUUCUUGGCAGUUGGACUAUGUCAGGAGUUGUGGUCAGAAUACAGUUAAAUCAUGACUUUAUUUUAAACAACUCAACAGUUCAAAGUAUCUAGUUUCU